GCUGUACGGUGACGUUUUAAGGCAGGUCCUGGUCAAACCUACCAAUGAUACAAGUCGCUCCUAUUCUGCUGGGACUGAUCGCAAUGAACGGGUGUCGGAGCUCUGCACGGCAAAGGAGCAACCACAGCGAGACGCGGCGAUCAAGGGGAUGCGGCAUCGGUACGCGGGAGCUGUCUAUCAGCACCAAACUCCCGACCAAAAGCAAGCAAGCAGCGCGCAGAGCCGAGACCCAGCCGCUCCUGUUUUCAGCCUGCCGCCCCCGCCCUCUUCUCACCACCGAGACCGCGCUCCGACCACCGCCGCUCAGCGCCAGAGCCUCCAGGAGCUCCCGUGUCUGAGCCAGCCCUCCCGGAGACCUGUUCGCAGCGGAGACCCUCUACCUCUGGCGAGCUACGACGCCGUCCAGCGACCUUCACACCGAGCCGGUGAACCCAGCACCAGGCAGCCGGAGCACCUGCAGCAGGAUCCCUGGGCCCCGGCCGGCAGUCAGCAGCAACAGCCGCCGGCGUCGCUGACGGAGAAGCAGCCUGCUUUUCCGAGCUGCCACUGCAGUUUUUCCGAGCAGGAGGAGAGCGUUUCUAAAAAACAGCCCCAUUCUCUCGAACAUCUCCCACCGCAGCCCUCCCCACCUUUUCCGCCUCCUAUACCUCCGCCACCGUCGUCCUCCUCCUCUCUGCUGUUUUCCCGGGAAUCUAAACGGGAGGAUCGGCUGCGAAGGAGUGCCGAUAAUUACCAACAGGCGAGCAUCGUGGAACGCUGCAGGGGAGGAGGAGGAGCAGGAGGGCACCAAGACCACAGGCAGUUGUUGCAGCAACAGCAGCAACAGCAACAGCAGCAGCAACAGCACAGUCAUUUAAGACUCCAACAGAGGGACCCCUCCCCUAAAGGAAUCCGUGCAAACUCGCAGAAAGGGCGCUCUUCGAAUGUAUGUGAGUCAACCGAGGCUAACAGCAGAGCAUUCGAGUGUCAGACUCAGGACCUACAGCAGCAAAAGAUCCCACAAUUACGAGCGCAGCAACAGCUGCUUGUUGGGAGCAGCUUGCCGAUCAACUACUGCGCCAGCGGCUCAGGAGAGCUAUGUAGGACUCACCAGGCUCCUCUGCUGCAACAGCACGAGCAGCAGCACGGCGCACCGGGGCUCUGUCCCCAGCGUCCACAGCACUGUGAGCAGGACCGACAAAAGUCUGCGCGGAUCUCCGGGCAACCAGGCGACGGCAACCGCGACACCCGCGUCUCCCCCCCGGUAACACAACAGGCGUACGCGGGGAACUCGUCAACGACUGUCAGCAACAGCAGCAAAGACAGCCCCAACUACGGCUCGAGCUAUCACCUGUGGCCAGAGAGCCCGCAUAAAGGAGAAGAGAGGAUCCGCAUCGACCCCCACAAGGCCACAACAGAGCAGAAGAAGCUGAGCCAUGCUGGAUCCAAGCCCUCCCUCUCCGAGAGCAGCGGCCGACAUCCUCAGAUAGCCAUGAACACCUGCAAGUACAAUGGCGGAGUGGUGAGACCACUAGUGGGCAGCCUGGCAUCCUCGUCGCGCCGCAACCUCGCAGAGCUUGACUCGGAGACGCAGCCCUUGCAGACAUUGCACAGCUCUGGCCUGGAGGUAGUGGUAUCCAAAGGCAACGGCGGCGAAGACCCAAGCAAGGCGUCUAAUGAGAGCUUGGUCAGGGAGGGCAGCGGGCGAAGCGGGGGCAGGGCGCCACAGAAGAAGAACAGGGACAUUGGCUACAAGCUCGGCCACAGGAGGGCACUGUUCGAGAAGCGGAAGCGGCUCAGCGACUACGCACUCAUCUUUGGGAUGUUUGGGAUUGUUGUCAUGGUGACAGAGACGGAACUGUCAUGGGGGGUUUACACUAAGGAAUCUUCAUACUCAUUUGCACUGAAAUGCCUUAUCAGCCUUUCCACUGUUAUAUUGCUUGGUCUUAUAAUAAUGUACCAUGCCCGGGAAAUCCAGCUGUUCAUGGUGGACAAUGGUGCAGACGAUUGGAGGAUAGCCAUGACGUAUGAGCGAAUCUUCUUCAUCGUGCUGGAGCUGCUGGUGUGUGCCAUCCAUCCCAUCCCAGGCCAGUACGUCUUCACAUGGACGGCGCGGCUGGCCUUUACCUACACUCCAUCGGUGGCAGAUGCAGACGUGGACAUCAUCCUCUCCAUCCCCAUGUUCCUGAGACUCUACCUGAUAGGCAGGGUCAUGUUGCUCCACAGUAAACUGUUCACGGACGCUUCGUCUCGCAGCAUCGGCGCCCUCAACAAGAUCAACUUCAAUACACGCUUUGUCAUGAAGACCCUCAUGACCAUCUGUCCAGGAACUGUUCUGCUGGUGUUCAGCAUAUCCUCCUGGAUCAUUGCUGCAUGGACUGUGCGCGUCUGUGAGAGGUAUCAUGACAAACAGGGAGUGACCAGUAACUUCCUGGGAGCCAUGUGGCUCAUUUCGAUCACCUUCCUCUCCAUCGGCUACGGGGACAUGGUACCCAACACGUACUGUGGGAAGGGCGUUUGCCUGCUUACAGGGAUUAUGGGAGCUGGUUGCACUGCACUGGUGGUUGCAGUGGUAGCCAGAAAGCUGGAGCUGACCAAGGCUGAGAAGCACGUCCACAACUUCAUGAUGGACACACAACUCUGCAAACGAGUAAAGAACACAGCUGCCAAUGUACUCAGGGAAACAUGGCUCAUCUACAAACACACUAAGUUGGUCAAGAAGAUAGAUCAUGCCAAAGUGCGGAAACACCAGCGCAAGUUUCUCCAAGCCAUUCACCAACUGCGCAGUGUGAAGAUGGAGCAGAGGAAACUCAACGAUCAGGCCAACACCUUGGUGGACCUGGCGAAGACCCAGAAUGUGAUGUAUGACCUGGUGUCAGAGCUGCAGGAGCGCAGUGAGGAGCUGGACAAGCGCAUCGGCACAUUGGAGGACAAGCUGGACUCUGUGACUGGCAGCCUGCAGGCGCUGCCCUGCCUCAUCUCCCAAGCCAUAACCCAGCAGCAGCAGGACUUCCUGGACGGCUUUGUUCACCGCUUUCGUCCCGCUUCGCUAGCCUCAGAGCGCUCUGAACGCUCUGAGCGAUCCUGGACUUCCACCGCCCGUAGAAGGCGUUCUCCCUCCACAGCACCACACACCUCCUCUGAUAGUGGAUAACCUUGACAAAGCAUUGCAAUCACCCUUGACCCCCAACUCCUAAACCAACGCAUCACCUCAUCCAAAGCUGUCCCUGUAACUGCUGGCCGAGUCCAUGUCUGGACUUAUAAUGAACCCAUAUCUUGACCUCUGACCUGAUCUAUGACCUUAUCUCUCCCUAUCACCCACCCCUUCCCCAGUCCCCACCCAACAUCAAAUCCAAAAACCAAUUCCUCUGUGACUGAGUGGUUCAGCACAGGACUGGUUCAGAGCUACUCCAAAAGAACAAAGAAAAGCAAACAGACUUGCGACAAGAAAAAACACAAAUGCAUCUUAAAAAAAGAAAAAUAGAAAAAAAGUUUAAAUGACUGAAAAACCGAGAUAAAGUAGAGAUAUGGUUUAUGUUUUAGCCAUUGUAUGGCUGUUCAAGUUAGCUUUUUUGUAAAAGCCCUUGUAUAGUUAAAAAACAACUGAGUUCAGGGUCACUGGGGUGAGAGCUGGCUGUCACACCGGAAAGUCCUUAAACACGAGGGAGGAAGUUGGUCUGUGGAGCUGAGGGACUCGGCUAGCUGUUUAUACAGGAUGGAGACAGAGACGUCCUUUUGGAUUUCCCUUCAAAAGACUAGUGUCAUGGAUUCUUUCCCAUAGGUUUGGGUGAAAGCUUUAGAAAAAGCUCCGAAAGCUCUGUCUUGAGGUCAGUAAAUGAAAAUGAGCUCAAUGUGGAGGGGAAACUGUCACAAGAGAGACAAGGGAAUGCAUAUGGCAUAACUACUGGGUAGGAAAAAAUUACACAGUUGCCAACUUCAAGGUUUCAGCUUCCCUGAGCUUACCAAGGGAAAAUGAGAGCGACUAUCUUUUUUAGUUACAUAUUGACAUGUGAUUUUUCAGUGCCUGAAUGUAUAAAUAGUAGAGGGUUAUUUAAUUACUAAUUUCAGAGCUUUUUUACGAUGUUAACAGUCUGAAUACAGCAUUGCAUUCCUUUUUCAGAUACAUUCCUCUCCAAAAAUUUAAAGAAAAUGUCUUAAUGUAAUGCAUUACAUUGCCUCCAUUGCACAGCAACUCGUUUUUUGAAACCCUUUUUUCUUUUUCUACUAACACUUUAAGAAAUGAAAAAGUUGAGCGAGAAAGAGCAUAGACGAAUAUUUGUGAGUGUGUUUGUUGAAGAAUCAGUGAGUUCACUUUUAGCUUAUACACAAAACAAUGAAAUAUGUAGUACUCUAUCCUUCUUCUCACCCCCACUAAUUCAAGCUUCCUUCAGAUAAUGGCAUGGCUCGAAGUCAGCUGGUUUAUCAGCCACGUAGGAACACAUCCCAUCAUGGUCUGACUGAGAAACUAGCUCCGCCCCUUUGCAUGGUUGUUUGCAGGAAAAAUCUUCCUCGAAUGGCUUGAUGAUUUUACUUGAUUUUGAUUCUAUAAUGUUAACUUUUGUUUGUUUGUUGCCUUUCUUUUGCUAAUUCUUUUUUUUAUUAAAAUCUCAUUUUUACUAGGAUACUUAGGGUUUUUUAAAGUUGCAGUACCUAGAGAGGUGCAGUAAUGUCAUUCUGUAAUGCAUUCCCUGUUUAAAAUAUGAGGCAAAGAAAAGUUGCUACAAUAAAAAAGUGCUGAUGAAACUUGGAUAAAUUAAAUUUCCAGAAUUUAUUUCUGGAAAUGCACUUCUACACCUUCUAACCAAGAGCUAGAUGAAGAAAAGUGAGAACACCCUCAUUCCUUUAACGAAAAAAUAAAGAUUCAGCUAGCAGCUGUUUUGCUUGGCUCAGCAUAUUGACUGGAAACAUGAGGAACAACUAGUCAUGUCCAGUAAUAUAUCCAUACAAUAUUUUUUGUCUAUUUUUUGUACAAAGACUUAUAUUUAAAUAUUGCUGUUGAUAGAAGUGGCCUGGAGUUUCACCCAGGAAAGUAUCUCACGGUAACAAAACGACCAGAAAAAAAAUCCCAAUUAAUAGGCCUACACUUUUCAGGUACAAUUUUUGGAGAUAUAAAACAACUUUGAAACUGCAUGUUGAUUACUGAGCAUUUAAUGUUCUGGUUCAAGCAAUUUGUUUCAGAUACUGCCCAGCCUUGUUCUGUUUUUAGUCUCCAUUCUAAGCUAAGCUAAUCAGCUGUUAGCGGUAGCUUCUGAUUUUCUUUUUCUGAGAUCAAUGUUUUCAUGUUUCUCUCGGCAAGGAAGUGAUAUAUUUAAUAUUUAAUAUUUCAACUAUUACAUGAACUUUACAGUAUCUAGCCUCUGUUUUGUUCUUUUAUUAGGACAUUCAUAUUAAUCCACUUUCACGAAGGAGUCAUUUUUAAAUCCAAAUAUCAAAGGCAUGGUGUUUGAUGCAUAGAGAGUUCGAGUUGUGAUGACUUUACUUUUAGAUUUGAGGGAAAAUAUGAAAAAUCUUCAAAGUUAUCUACAGAAGACAAAACAAAAUUCAGAGAUUCAAUGAGAUUCAACAUCCCUGUAGCAUAAAAACCGGGACACAGCACAGCUGGAUAGCCUUCUACAAAUGACCCAGAGGUCACUUUGGGUAUUGCAGCAAAUUACUCAACACCUCCAACUGCAAACAAUUCCAAUUGUCUUGCUUGUUUUACUACUUAAUUUAUAAGGCUUUUAUACUUGAUAAAAGUAUUUUAAAUGGAAAUGAUGGUCUAGGCCAGUAGAAGAAACCCAAUACUCAAAUUCCUCAAAAGUAAUGUAAAUACAGAGGAUAGACACUGUCCAGGUGAAUGUGACAGUCAAGCAAUUCUAAUAUGACUGAAUCAGACUAAUUCUUGGGUUCUUUGUUCAGGUCUUUAUAGAUUACUUCCAUAGUUAGCCAGCUACAUGCUAAUAGUUUAAUAGUAAAUAAUCAAAGAUUCAUACUGAAGAACAAAACAAUGUUUUGCCCCUUCAGCUAAGUGAAUACAGUCAAUAUGAAUUCCUUGAUCUUAAUUGUAUCUGUAUGAGACAGGGACAAAGUUCACUCUCCAACAUGCUCUGCAAUGACAAGAGAGCACUUCAUCUAAGAACAUAUUCAGAUUUCAACAACUGGAACUUAAGCAUGAGUAUUAGCUUUUUUCCCUUUCAUCUUGAGUUGAUGAAGCAUGACUCUUUACUGCCCCCACCUCCAGCCACUUCACGUGCAUUGCUACACUCCCCCCCUCCUCCCCUUCAAGUAUGAAGGAAUCCAUCAUGCCAUUACAGUCCCUGUUUCAAUCAGUAUCAUCCAACAAGUCAGGAAGGCUAAUGGAAGAUUAUCUGCUUGAAUACGACCUCACCUGCUUUUUCAGAUCUAAGGUUUCCACCUCUUCAUUACAUCGAAGGUUUUUAGACGCCCGCUUGUCAUCUGUCAUCAUUAAGGGCAUCAGUCCCCUACUAAGAGGCUUCCUAAAUAGCCGACAGCUACGACCUUAGAGUGGUUCAAAUGGAAAAAAAGAGAGAGAAGCAGGGGAACCCCCAGGUCAUGUUCCAUGUUGCACUCAGUGUGUAAUAUUCAGUUACAACAGGAAGGAUCACAGAUGCUGGAGUGUCCUCCCCAGAGAGAUGGUGUUAAGGACUCCAUCCUUUACCUGGCAGCCGGAAAGAGUAGUUUGAAAAAAAGAGUAAAAUGAGCAAAAGCUCAUUUACUGACAGAUGUCGUUUUUGCCCAGGGGGGUAGUUAACAGCAAGAGAGGGUGUCCUGUAAAUAUGACCUCAUUGUAGAUGUCGCCAAGUAAACGGGACAAAUGGUGAACCGCAGGGGGUAAGGGUGGCUGGGUUCAAAGAACAGCAUGUUGCAAGUUUACAGUAGUACCACAUUAAAUAGAGAUGAUAGGAAAUGUUUGACUUACUGGCAAAUGAAUCAAAGCCUUUAAUUUCUUUUUUAUAACUGCUAUGAUCAGGUUCUGCUAUAUUUUUUACACUGAUACAAAGGUUUGUUUUCUCCCUUUCCUCUCGCCAACAAAGUCCUGCCAAAACACCAUUCCAAUAUUUGAUGGUGACCUGAUUUUCUCCACCAUGAAAUUCAAAAAAGACAACUAUUUUGUAGUUUAGCGAGGGAAUUCAUGAUGUUAUAACAAUGAUGGUAGAUGAGUCAAAGUGAAAAAAAGCAUCCAAGAGUUUUCAUUAUCCUGAAAAGUAGGCUUUCCUCAUAGUGCAGGAAUCAGACCACAUUUCCACUGAACAAUAACAAAGUGAAACCCCCCCCCCCUUCAAAAAAUGUAACCCAAUCAUUGUUCUGUGUACACUGCCACAUGAUGCAUAAUGUACGUAGUAGCACUGGAAUAAAUUGACUUUUAAUGGAUGGCAAAUGGGUUCAACAUGUUCUCUGUAUGCUGUUUGCUGUUCCUUCAUUUUGCAGGUGAACUUUUUGUCCUAGCAAGGAGAGACACCAAGGUCAAAUCAUUAAAGACUAUCUUCAGCUAUAA